AUGUCGGCGUCGCCCUCACAGCUCACCGUGUCGGGCGGCCCGGCCGGCAGCCACUUCAACCAGGCGUCAGCAUCCACGACGGACCCUUUUAGCGGCACCCCCUACGCUGUUGCUCCGCCCGUGGGAGGCACCUCGUCGGCCACCACCUCGCCCACCUCGCCCACCAACCCACGCAAGCGUCGCGCGUCCGGCGCCUCGGCUGCCCAGCACCACCAGAUCGCCCCUAACGCGACCAUAGCCCCCUCGAGCGUGACAGCCGGUGCCGGCAGCACCUCGUCCGCCUACGGGGCAGAUCCGUCCGGCCUGGGUGGCGGUGACAACGGGCCUCAACAGCCCGUGCAGCCGCCCCCGCCGAAGAAGGGGAGAACCAACACUCCGUGGACCGCAGCCGAGGAGCAGCGCUUGAAAGUCAUGAGGGAUGCGGGGAACAGCUGGAGCGAGAUUGCAAAGGUACGGUAUCAUUGA